GCCGUGCAGUAUCCGUGAUCACGUGUCGCACAACUUAGCGCACGCGCACUUCAGCGAAAGGGUCGCAAUAAAGGACGAUGUGCACCACACUGCUUCUCUUAUGGGUCCAAGAUAGCGUCCCAUAUAUAAGUAUAUAACUCGGUAAAACCCGCGUGUUAUAUGCGGGCUUUUACGGCACGCACUUUCCGACGUAACGCGCCGUAUAAAUACGCGCAAUAUCUACCUUCUCUCCAGCUGCCACCUCCUUUUGCGCCAGUUCAUUAACGACCACCGCGCUCACGUGCCAUCCUAAGCGUGACCGCGGCACGGCCGCGUCCUUGAAUGUGGACCACGUUAUUCUGCCUCGCUCGGCGCUUGCGGUCAACAGCCCAACUAUAAACCAAGCGUGCAUGCAGCUAUCUCCGCAAGCCGCUGACAACGCACUGAUUAUUGGGCCGCAAUAAAGUUCACCCGCACACUGCUUCCCCGAUAGCGGGCUGGGGUGGGAGGGGGGAGUACGCCCUUCCUGUUUUCAUCACUGCUUUUCUUGCACUUAAUCCCCUACGGCCGGCCCGAGGGUCAAAAGGCUAACUAUGUGGCCAGUGUUACGGAUCGCCGCGUAUUCGAAUGUGCUACUCCUGAGGAUGUCUGCGGUCGCCGACACGUCGAUGCUGGAAGACGUCCUUCUGAAAGGUGAAUCUCAACUUGGUCAGUGGUGUCGUACCGACUCCAACUGCUUGACGGAGAACUCGGGUUGUCUGGCCGAGAUAUGCGCCUGCAAGAUCGGUUUUGUUCUUCACGAGGACAGAUGCAUUCCAGAACCUCGCAACAGGGGCUUCUCCAAGGUGUACCUCAUGAGCAUCGGCUGCCUGCUGUCCAUACUCAUCUUCUCUAUGUCUCUGUGCUUCCUCUACUGGAAACGGAAGCUCGACGAUCGACGAAACCUAGAGGUGGAGGACAAUAGCUCAGUGGUGGGCAUCGCGCCUCCUCUGUGGUCGGACACGUGCUCGACCGACAAGCCUCCCUCGUACGAAGUCGCCGUCAGUAGAUCUUGUUUCCGGUUCAAACUUGAAUCACCGGCGCCCAGCUCAUGGCAUGCACUGCCCUCAUCUGACAACCAGGUUUCCAUCGCCUUGCCGCCAGCCUACGAAGAAGUAACGCAGCACGAGAAGCGCCAUCAUGUCCGGAAUGCAGCUAGCCGAGCUUCGAUUUAGACGCACCUAAGACUUUCCUGCGGCGUUCCGCCACGGAGGCUAAAAUCUCGGCGGCGCGACUCGUCGGUGUGCAACCACGUGCGACCAACGACUCGUGCCGAAAAAAAGAAACAAACUAUGCGGAGAUGUUGAAGU